UGGAGGUCAUAGUAAAAUUUAUGUUUGGAGUAUUUUUAAAGUAAUUGAGUGUUUGAACAAAAAAAGGGUGUGACUACUUAUAAUUAUCUAUUCAUGGUUAUUAAUGGGUAGCAAUGAUGGCAGUUAAUUAAUUUACCUUGAGGCAGUCUAGCUACCUCAUCAAAGUUCAAGUGGCUUUUCCCAAUUUGCCUUAAAGAGACUGUUUUCGGCGCUCGAUACUGUCUUCGAUACUGUCUUAUCCGCGUGUCACUCACCCAGAACAUUUCUAAUUUCAUUGUUAAAAUACGUAUUUCUUAUCAGCUUGUUGUGGUAUCUACAAACAAGCUGCGACACAAAAAUGCAGAUAGCUUUCCGUACUUAAAUAUCGCCAUAGAUUGGGAAAUUUGGUUCAGUUCGUUGAGUUCCGGAAGAGGUGGCGGUCAGACCAAAAUGAGAGUUCAGCAGUGCGCCUUCCAGUGGGUAAUGUUUUUGGCUUGCCUGGCCGAAAUCCGAGGAUUUUCGAUGGAGGAGAAGUGCAAACUCUGGGCUGGAGAAGGUUACAUUGGAGACCCAAGUGAUUGCCAUGCGUGGGGAUUUUGCCAGGACAACAAACUCACAGCGCGACGCAGCUGCAGCGAUGGAUUGCUGUACAAUUUCCGGGAUGGAACCUGCAAGACGGCAUCGGAGGCCAUGUGUCAUCCGCAGCUAUCGGAGAUUUGCGCCAACUUUCAGCCAGGCGACUAUGUGGCCGAUCCAGCUGAUUGUCGGAGAUUUGUCAAGUGCGAGGACAUAAAUAAUCCCAUUUGGAGCGACUGUGAUGAGGGUCAGGUGUUCAGUAACCAGCGGCAACUAUGUCUGGAGGAGAUCUCCGGCUGUCCGCAGGACAAUAUAUGCUCUUAUAUGAAAGAUGGCAUCUUAGUAGGAGAUAUCAAUACCUGUCGUAGCUAUUAUAAAUGCCACAAUGGAUUCGGCAUCCACUUAAACUGCUCCGGUGGUAGAUACUUUAACCGAAAAACGGGUAGUUGCCAACCCUGGCUACCCGAUCACUGCUACAAUGAUGAGGAGAUUUCCCCGGUGACGCCUCUCGCCAAAAAUUCCCAUAUGUGCUCCAAGUACUACCAGGAGGAUCUAUCUGGAGUGCAGCUCAUUCCGGACAUGAUGACCUGCUACGGCUACUACCCUGCACCUCCCAAGUACGACGUGGGCCAGUGGAGCAGUUGUCCCUGGGGACAGCACUUCGAGUGGUGGAGCCAGCGCUGUGGUUCGCCGAAGGACAAUAGCUGCUCCUACGAUCGCUGCGGCAAUAUGAACCAGCUAAUGGUGGCCACCAUCAAUACGGGCUGUCGGCAGUACACGGUCUGUCAGGAUUUUCGCUCGAAGAGAUCAGAGAAGUGCCACGAAGACUUUCCCUACUUCAACGAAAUUUCGCAACAAUGCACCAAUGAAUUUCCCAAUCACAGGGUGUGCUACAUGGAAGGAUAGAAAGUAUGAAAAAUUGACGGAAUGGAUUCCCAAAAUAUUGUAUAUGUGAAUUUACAAUUGUUAGCGAGCAUGUAUUUAACGCUGGAAAACAGUGUUCUUAAUAGAAUGACACAUAGUAAAUUGGAUUUAAAUAUGCAAAUAGAUUUUGUAUAGAGUAAGAUUUAAAUA